AUGCAUACCAACACCUGUAUUAUCAACCUCCUAUCACUUUCCUGCCUCCUCAGCCCCGUGAUCGCCUUGCCGGCCACACGUGCCAUCAAAACCGCCGUGGUUCACACCACAGGCAUUCUUAGAGGUGUGGUUCGAGACAACAAUGACGGCACUGAGGGCCAAAAGCACUUGCUCCCAGAAGAUUGGUUGCCUAAUGUCGACUCUGCACUCACGCUUCAUCCUCUAAGGAUCUCGGGUGGCUACAGCAGUGUUACUGCAGAGGUCAAGAUCCACAGGAGUGGUGGCGCUGCUGGUGGCAGCAGCGCCGGAGGUGGUGCCCGAGGUACUGGAGCCGGUGGACGUGGAAGCAAGAGCUCAGGGGGAAGUAAACUUGGCAACACAAGUUCAGGCGGCCGUGGAGCCACUGCUGGUGGUGCAGCUGGAGGUGUUGUUGGAGGGCUUGCUGGAAGUGCAGCCAGCGCUGACGUUGGAAACAGAACGUCAAAGGGUGAUGCUGGGCACUUGCUAACUGGCUCCUCGGCGAUCGUUUUGUUCGUUGGUGCUGUUGGUUGGGCUAUUGUUUGA